AGAAGUUCCAUCGCUCUCCCCUGAGUGCGGGAUCAUUGUUCUCUGCGUUCGAUUAUCGUGUCCUGGUUGUGUUGGAAAGGCCUAGACUCUUCUUGCUUGGAGUGUUCAUUUCGGAUACAGUAUCUUAUCCUGUUUUAUAUUUGAAGGUUUACUCUGCUUUAAGCAGCAAUGGCAGACGAAGAAUUGGAGGCGAUAAGGCGGCAGAGAAUGGCGGAGCUGCAGGCGAAGCAGGCGGAUGCUCCAAACAAUCAGCAGGGUGAGGAAGCUAAGCAGAGAGAAACGGAGAUGAGGAACUCAAUAUUAGCUCAAGUACUGGAUCAGUCUGCUCGAGCACGAUUAAGCAAUCUUGCAUUGGUGAAGCCUGAGAAGGCCAACGCAGUCGAGAACUAUCUUAUUCAGAUGGCACGAUUUGGAAAGCUGGGAGGAAAGAUUUCUGAGUCUGGAUUAAUUGAGAUCCUAGAAAAAAUCAGCCAGCAAACGGAGAAAAAGACAACGGUUACAUUCAACAGACGGAGGGUGAUGGACUCGGACGACGAGGAUGAUUACUGAGUUUUGACUGAAGCCCUGGAAUCCGACAAAAAAAAAAAAA